AUGAAGGAAAAAAAAUGGACCAAAUCGCGGUGGACCCCGAUUUCUACUCUAUGGCCACUGGCUAUGACGUGGAUCAUCAUGACCUUCAGUCCGUCCGCUAUUGCAAGGGGACGGCUGGAAAACGGCCGAAGAUACCAAGCCAUCAAAGAAGAUGACUACUGGGGUCCUUCCGACGAGCAGCAAUUUGAGGCAUUUGAGAUUGGCCACCUGAUGUUUCUCGUGCUAGAUCACGAUCAGCCAAAUCCUCUGUUCCGCUCCCCUAUCGGCGCUUCGCCUAAGAAUAUCUUGGACAUCGGAACUGGCCAAGGGAGUUGGGCAAUUGAUGUUGCCGAUCGCUAUCCUCUAGCUACCGUCCGCGGCGUGGAUCUCUUUCCCCCACCCGUGUUAUGGAUGCCCCCGAACUGCAUCUUCGAGGUGGAUGAUGUGCUUCGCGAGUGGACAUGGAGAGAGCCGUUUGACUUUAUCCACAUGCGCCUCAUGUAUGGCGCCUUCCCUCCCGAUGGAUGGCAAAAGCUAUACAAACAGGCCUACGAUGCCCUAGAGCCUGGUGGCUGGAUCGAACAAAUCGAAUUAGACGUGCGAGUCUACAGCGAUGACGGCACCUUGACGAAAGAACACCAGCUAUAUGGUUGGGGCGACAUUUUUAUCGGAUGCUCCGAACGAGCAGGACGGUCACUCAGAACCCACGAAACAAUGCGUAGCGCCAUCGAGGAAGCCGGGUUCGUGGACGUGCAUGAGGAAAAGUACAAGAUUCCUCUAGGAUGUUGGGCCAGGGAUAAUAUACUGAAGGAGGCCGGACACCUCCAGCAUAGCCAUUGGAACGCCGCUCUAGAGGGUUGGGCGAUGUGGCUUCUCACUCACUUUGGAGAGCCAGAGCCGUGGUCAAAGGAGGAGGUGCAGGUGUUUCUGGUUAAAGUGCGCAAGGAGCUGAACAACCCGCGUAUUCACGCUUAUGAGCCUGCGAAUCGCGUGUGGGCAAGAAAGCCUCUCAAGGAGGAAUUGAAGGUGGAGGAAGUAAAGAUCAAGGCUGAGAAAUCGGCGUAA